AGCCUCACACACCAAGCACACGCCUCUCUUCCUCCUCCAUCUCUCAUUCCCUGGUCUCUGUCCUCUCCUCCCGAGCUUCACAGUUCACACACACACAAAACCAAGGCAAGAUGGUGGGCACGCUGGAUGAGGGGAAGAUCAUCGAGUACUUCAGGAACAAGAGCGUCCUCAUCACCGGAGCCACGGGCUUCCUUGGCAAGAUAAUGGUGGAGAAGAUCCUGAGGGUCCAGCCGGACGUGAAGAGGAUCUACCUGCCGGUGCGGGCGGCCGACGCCGCGGCGGCGAGGCGCCGGGUGGAGACCGAGGUGGUGGGGAAGGAGCUGUUCGGGAUGCUGCGGGAGCGGCACGGCGCCGGGUUCGAUGCCUUCGUCGCGGACAAGGUGGUGGGGCUGGCCGGCGACUUAAUGCGCGAGG